AUGUCUGCAGUUGUUCCACACAAAAAGAAGAGCUUUCAUUUAGAUGAAGCAGAUCUUUUGUGCAAGAACGGAUGCGGUUUUUAUGGGAACAUCGCCUGGGAGGGCUUCUGUAGCAAGUGUUACAGGGAAGUUUACCAGCCAGCCAAACAGGCACAGAUCCAGCAUGAUGCUCUCAGGAAAUCUGGACAGUAUUCUCCCACAGCAAACAAUGCACCUGAGCUGGCAGAUGAACAGGCUGCUUUGUCCAAACUAGAAAAGCAGAAGGUACAGCCAGCUAGCAAGCAGAGCAGUGCCUUCAAAUUUCUCAAAAAAUCACCAACUAAAGAGAUCAAGCCGGUCAUUCAAGAACUGCGACGGGGCAGCACAGAAAGUCAGAAAAUUGGAGGGGAAUUUGCAGAAUUUCUGAAAUCCUUGAAGAAAAAAUCAGCAGCAGUGGAAAUUUCCAAAAUGGUGCGUGAAUUUGUAGAUCGAGUCCAGCAGAACCAGCACUUGAAUAUCGACGACUUGUCCGAGAUGGUCCAAGAGUUUUAUGGAACCCUUGAGGACCAGCUGAACGGUUACCCAGUCUUCAAAGACCUGUCAUCAGAGACUAUAGAUAAGGUGAUGGACUUUGCUGAAAGCUACAUUCUGACUCGCCUGUACCCGUACAUCUUCUGUUCCCCCACCACGCUCGAUGAGGAAAGAGAUCUCGCCCUACAAAACCGGAUCCGCAGCCUACACUGGGUCACAGCACUGCAGCUGGACACCGUCAUUAACGAUGAUGACCCGGCCAUUCGGCACGAGCUGGACAGUGCCAUUACAGAUAUCAUAGAGAUGGAUUCCAAGAGGAGCAGCCAGGACAAGCUACAGCACAUCGUCAGCUGCAGCAAGCACAUCUUUGAAGUCCUGCAACAGUCCAAGCAGGGCCCUGCCAGUGCCGACGAGUUCCUGCCAGCUCUCAUCUACAUAGUUCUCAAGGCCAACCCUCCCCUUCUGCACUCUAAUAUACAGUUCAUCACUCGCUUUGCUAACCCCAACCGGCUGAUGAGCGGCGAGGCAGGCUAUUACUUCACCAACCUGUGCUGUGCUGUGUCUUUCAUUGAAGGAACAAUUUUUAGAAUUCCGAAAAUAAAAAGUUUAAAAACUUGA